AGAACAGGAUUUUUUCUUCAGGAAUUAAAACAAACGUUAUGUGUUCGGGACUGUAUAAUAUAUAAAAGACAAUGGCGAAGUUGUAUAUAUUUUUGUAAACUUCGUUCUAUAUGAAGACCAAAACUUCAGACACCAACCGUGUCCUUCCAACGGAAAAGACCAACGGAAAACACAAUGAUAAGCUAGCUGGCUAGCGAGCUGGCUCAGUAACUGGCUAGCUAUUACUCGUGGAUAAGAAGAGGAAAACAGUCAAAAAGGAGUCUUGUGUUCAACACGGAAGGGAGAGGAGGUAGCUAUGAUCAGCGCUUUUAAAAGGGAAAAUCCGUCGUUACACAAGUCGGUUUAGCUAGCUUCCGUUAGUGAUGUUAUUUAUUUUUUUGGCCUAGCUGGCGAGCAAAAGGAAUCGGUUCCAAAAUUGGAAACCGGGAUAUCGGUUGGUAGGCUUGUUUUGACUGAAGCUCGAGGGUGGAUACCAGGCUAGCAAGCCAGUCAAUGUAGCUAACUUAGCAAGUUAGCGAUAGUAUAGCCAUCACAGGUUAGCUAGCUAACGUUAGUUAGAUCCGCUACGACAUGUUGCUCAUUGUCAACUAGCUGGCUACAAAUGAUAGCUACGUAGCUGGCUAGCAUGUGGUCUCUUCUAAAACAGCGCAAAAGGAAUACAUUGUUAUAACGUUAAUUAGUAAAUUGGUUAGUAUAACAGCAAGCUAGCAACGAAAAGGAGAAGAAAGCGGCAUGUUGUUUGGACUUGCUAUCUGGCUAGUCGGCUAAUAUUGUUAAGAGUGGCAAGCUAACAUUGACCGAUUUAGAGAGAAUGUUACAGUGUUGUUGUCUUUUUCAUUAAGAUAACGCUAGAAACUUGCAAAGUUUCGACAUUGCCAAAUCCUAAACUAGGGAACUAGCUAGCUUGUGAAAUACGUUAGCUAGUUCGUCACAGCAGCCAUAAAUUAUAUGUUUACAGGGAGUUUUUGGUAGGGAUUUUACAUUGAUUUCCUACGUCCGAGUUAGCCAUGUAGCUACUAAAUUCAGGUGCAUUUGCUGAUAAGGCUUGCUAGGUAGCUAGCUUGUAAGUUAAAUAAACAUUGGCGCUAGUGAUUGGGCCCAUCUAGCUAAGUAACUGUCAGUUACAUUUGUGGCAGAGGGUUCUUGAGCAUUUCUCACUAAAUGGAUGAAUAUCAGUGCAGCCACUUGAGUACUGAGGGUAGUUUGAUAGCCAGCGCAGUUAACGCUUGAGUAUUGAGUCUUGUUGGUAAACUACCGCUGGUAAAUGGUUAUCUAGUGCUAGCUAACACAUCUUACUUUGAUAAACAUGUACCCGAUUUGUAGUUUUCAUUUUGGUCUGUCGUUCUAUGGUUGGUUUCUCAGGGCUAACGUUACGAUUCUGCAGAUUGUGCAUAGCUAAAUUAUGGCUCGUUAAGAAAGGCAAAAUUCAAAUGCCAGCUCACCAGGAGCCCAUCAGCUAGCAAACGUUUGGUAGUUGACAAGGUAGCCCGUCCGAAAAGGUACACUAGCACUAGAAUCCAAACUCACAACCAAACUCUGAUAGAUCUGUGUUAGGAUAGCCCAAACUUUCUACAAUAUUUCAAGCAAUAUAUUGUGAGAAGCCAUUGGCAUUAAAUAAGGCAUCUUGUAUUUCCAUGACACAAGUUAUCCGUCUUGGAGAAUAAGCCGACCUUCGAUUCUGAUUAUCAUUACAAACAUCACACAAUUGCCACACGUAGCAAAGGAGUGUAGGUAAUAGUAUCGAUUACCUGAAGCAUUUUAAAAAUACGUUUUAAUUUAUCUAAGAGCUGGAUACAAGUGAAUAAGUAAAAGAUUGGUAUUUUAUCGCACCCAGUGAAUGUUUUCUUUUUCUCAUUGGAUUAAAAGUGCCAAAAUACUGCCCAGAAUAUCAAAUAAGAGGGUUUUUUCCCCCCAAGAACUACAUGAGACUUGUGCUUUUGAAAAGCACGUGCGACUGUUCUUUCCUCUGCAGUCGAAGGAAGCCAAAACCCCCCCCAAACUUUUAAAGUGUCGUAUUCUCGACGACCACCUCGCUUAGACUGCAGAAUUUACCAGUACCAGUAGCGUUCAAUGGAGCUGCAAACACUAUAGCGAAGACGGAGCGGUGGUACAGCCGAAAAGUUUGGAAACAGACCGUGGCCGCGGAGAGCCGAGGGGCCGUUAGGCCCAGGUUGAGACGCAGGCUGGAAAGAUGGGUUCUCAAGCGCUUCAGAUACUGCGGCAGGGUGUGUGGGCCUCACUGACCGGAGGAUGGUACGUCGACCCACACCAGAGCACCUUCUCAAACUGCUUUCACCUCUACCUCUGGAUAUUCCUUCUGGCCUUCCCCUUCCUGCUGUACAUGGCCUUGCCUUCCAGCAUGGUGGUGGCGGGCCUGUACUGCCUGGUGGUGGCGGUCUUCUUCACGGCCGUCAAGGCUGUAAACUUCCGCCUGCACACCAUGUUCGACCUGGGGGAGAUUGUGGAGAAGAGGCAGGCCUCGCUGACCGCCGACGCCCUGCGGGUGGAGGAGGUGGAGGAGGGCGGAGACAUGCGCGGGAACCAGCACAGGGACAGCAGUGGAGGAGUGGAGAUGACGGUGUUCCGUAAGGUGAACUCGACCCCCCCGGUCCGCUGCAGCUCCCAGCACUCUCUCUUUGGGCUGAACCAGGUGUCGGAAUUCCUGCCACAGCUCGAUGACACGGGAGGCUCCAAAGACAUUAAGGACCUGAUGAGGGAGCAGGGCAGUAACAACGUGAUCGUGACCUCGGCGCACAGGGAGAUCCUCCGACACAGCUCCCAGGACACCAUCAGGGGCGCCAGCGUGGUCCAGUCCUGCCUGGCUGCUGCUCUGGCCAAUGACUUCCCCGGCCUGAUGGGUGUGGGCGGGGUGAUGUCGGGAGGUUUCGGGGCCAGCGUCCCUGGCGAAUGCCCCUCAGCACCCCCCUCCCCCUGCAGCCAGGGGGACGAGGACGACGGGGAGCGGCUGGAGGAGCGCGGGGGCCGGAGGAGUCCAGAGGGGCCUGGGACGGGGGGCUACUCGCCCCUGGGGCCCUCGGGGGAGUCGGAGAGCCUGGGGGACGCCCCGCUGAGCCCGCUGAUCAAGAGCAGCCUGAGCGAGGAGCUGAGCGAGAACCUGCUGGGCCUGGGGCUCGACCCCGUCUCCUUCGCCGCCGGCUCCGGCCGCCACACGCCCGGCAACCGGACUGGCGUCGCCAUGGCGGCGGGGUCCACCGACAGCUGCUUCAGCGGCGGGGGCGGUGCCACGGACCGCGAGACGCUCAGCACGGUGAGCAGCUACCGCAGCGAGAAGACGGACUCCACCCAGCUGGAGAGCCCCUCGCUGAGCCUGCCCCGGGCCGCCCCCUCCGGGACCACCGCCGCCCUCCCUUCCCACACGGACCCCCCCAAACCCAGCCCCCCAGAGCUGGCCGGGAGCGACACGGACGACCUCUCGGACAGCGAGCUUCUCCGCUCACCCUCCAAAGACCUCUCCCUGGGGCUGGACCCAGACCCAGACAGGACCCUGGUUGAGGGGGAGAGUGUUUCCGCCCUCCCCCCGGAGCUCCCCCUGCUGCCCCUCCAGGACUCCUCCCCCUCCAGCAGUGGGCGGUCCGAGGCCCCCCUACCCCCUCUGCCCCCGCCCCGGCAAGCCAGCUCUGUCCCUGCAGGCCUGGGCUGCUCCGACCCCAACCUCCCCAUCACCCCCCCGCCCUUCCUGCUAUCGGACGUCCCGCAGCAGGUGGUGCGGCCCAAAGACCUGAAGCUGCUCCGCUCCGGGACGGGGAGCGGCGGUGGCGGGGCGGGGCACAGGCCCGGCAGGCGGAAAGCCCCGCGGAAACGAGGCGGGGCCGGCAGCAGCAGCUUCGACUGCGGCUCGUACCGCCGGCACCACCACGGCCGCGGGCAGCACCGGGACUACAUCCCCGUACGCAGCCGGCUGGCCGCCAAGGCCUACAGCGAGCGGCUGUACGAGGACUCCAGCGACGAGGACGACGGCAGCGAGGGCAGCGACAUGAGCGCCGCCUCCAGCCUGGGCUCCCAGCGCCGCUACAGCUCCGACGACGACUCCAGCUCCUCCACGUCCUGCUACUCCCCCGACUCGGCCGGGGCGCAGCCUCUGCCCCCCUCCGGCGCCCCGCUGCCCAGUCCCCGGGAGGGCGAGGAGUCGUCGGACCGCGUGGUGCUCCACCCUCGGGGGGCCCAGCGGUCGGCCAGCACGGCCAGCGCCAAGACCCACGCCCGGGUGCUGAGCAUGGACGGGGCCGGGGGGGGCCACAGCAGUGCCGGGGGGGUGUCCUCCGCGCCCCUGCCCCUCGUACCAUCGGGUUCGGCGGCCCCCCGACCCCUCACCGUCUCCAAGUCCGACCUGGAAGCCCGCACGGCGCAUCUGGAGGGGUUCCCCGGGGGACAUCGGCACCGGCUGGACUCCCAGGGCGGGUCCUGGGCAGGGAACCACACCGGCUGGAGGGCCGGGGAGCUGGUGGAGGAGGGAGCUGUGGGUGGAGCCCUGGCUCCAGAGGAGGUGGGUAAGAGGGACUCAGUCAGCAGUGUGAAGAGGACGCAGGCCAUCCGCAGACGACACAACGCCGGGAGCAACCCUACCCCCCCACCCUCCGCUAUGGGCUCCCCCCCAAGCCUGCAGGACCUGCAGCGGGCACGCGCCUCUUCGCACUCGCGCGCGCUCACCCUGCCCUCCGCCCUGCAGUUCGCCUCCUCCCUGCUGCUCCCCCGCGGGGGCGUGCACGAGGCCUCCACCUUCGACGACACCUCCGAGGGCGCCGUGCACUACUUCUACGACGAGAGCGGAGUGAAGAGGUCUUACACUUUCGGGCCUUCUGGUGGAGGAUACGAGGACCCCGUUCAGGAGCGGGAGAGGCAGUCCCAGUCCUCCAGCUUCACCUCUGCGGAUGUCCAGGAGGGGGCGCCGGUGCUCUCCAUGCUGCAGCCCAGGCCCGUCGUGCUGCAGGGGAUGCAGGUGCGCAGGGUCCCGCUGGAGAUUCCAGAGUUUGACCUGGACCACGAGUCGGUGCACGAGUCUCAGGAGAACACUCUGAUGAUCGAGGAGAAGGCCAAGCCAAAGCAGUACUACCGCUUCUGGGUCCUCCCGGGGAAGUGGCUGCGGGUCCGCUACGACCGGCUGGCCCUGCUGGCCCUACUGGACCGGAACCGGCGUGUGGGGGAGAACGUGUUUGCGGUGCUGCUGGCCAGCAUGGUGGCUUUCCUGGGCUUCCUGCUGCUGCUGCAGGGCUUCUUCAGGGACAUCUGGGUCUUCCAGUUCUGCCUCGUCAUCGCCAGCUGCCAGUACUCCCUGCUCAAGAGUGUUCAGCCAGACGCGGCCUCCCCCAUGCAUGGGCAUAACUGGAUCAUCGUGUACAGUCGGCCGGUGUACUUCUGCCUGUGCUGUGGGCUGAUCUGGCUGUCUGACCUGGUGGGCAGCUCCAGCUCCCUGCAGCCCUUCAGCCUGUACGGAGUCACCUUCUUCUCCUCUCACUUCCUGCUCUGCACCAGGGACGUGCUCAUAGUGUUCACCCUGUGUUUCCCAGUGGUGUUCCUCUUCGGGCUCCUUCCUCAGGUCAACACCUUUGUGAUGUGUCUACUGGAGCAGGUUGACAUGCACAUCUUUGGUGGUACAGCCACGACCAGCCCCCUGUCCUCGUUAUACAGCCUACUGCGCAGUGUGCUGGUGGCUGCCCUGCUGUACGGAUUCUGCCUCGGUGCCAUCAAUGCCCCGUGGGACGAGCUCCACGUCCCGGUGCUGUUCUCGGUGUUUUGCGGGCUGCUCCUGGCUCUGUCCUACCAUCUCAGCCGCCAGAGCAGCGACCCCACCGUCCUCUGGUCUCUCAUUCGCUCACGGUUCUUCCCCGAGCUGGAUGGCAGGAGUCCGGAGGAACCACCCCUGGAGAUUAAGGACCCCCUGCCGGACAAGCUGCGUGAUUCCGUGAGAGAAACCCUUCACUCUGACCUGGUCAUGUGCCCCCUGAUGGCAGUCAUCACCUUCGCCAUCAGCGCCAGCACCGUCUUCAUCGCCCUGCAGCCUGCCCUGAGCUUCGUCCUGUACGUGCUGGCGGGGGUGGUGGGCUUCCUCACGCACUACCUGCUGCCCCAGCUCCGCAAGCAGCUGCCCUGGUUCUGCCUGGCCCACCCCGUGCUCCGCUCCCGCGAGUACUGCCAGUUCGAGGUCCGGGACGCCGCCCAGCUCAUGUGGUUUGAGAAGCUCUACGCCUGGCUGCAGUGUGUGGAGAAGUACUUUGUCUACCCCGCCGUCAUCCUCAACUCCCUGACCACCGAGGCCCAGGCCGCCAGCGUGCACCCCGAGAAACUGGGCCUCUAUAGCCGCUCUCUGUUCAUCUCUCUGGCGGGGAUGAAGCUGCUCCGCUCGUCCUUCUGCACGCCGUCCCAGCAGUACGUCACGCUCUGCUUCACCGCCCUCUUCUUCCACUUCGACUACCCGCGCUUCUCCGAGACCUUCCUCCUCGACUACUACUUCAUGUCCAUCCUCUUCAGCAAGCUGUGGGACCUGCUGUACAAGCUGCGCUUCGUCCUCACCUACAUCGCGCCCUGGCAGAUCACCUGGGGCUCCGCCUUCCACGCCUUCGCCCAGCCUUUCGCUGUGCCCCACUCGGCCAUGCUGUUCAUCCAGGCGGUGUUCUCCGCCCUCUUCUCCACCCCUCUGAACCCUGUCCUGGGCAGUGCUGUCUUCGUUACCUCCUACACCCGACCCGUCAAGUUCUGGGAACGGGACUACAACACUAAGAGGGUGGACCACUCCAACACACGCCUGGCAACUCAGCUGGACCGCAACCCAGGCGCGGAUGAUAACAACCUGAACUCCAUCUUCUACGAGCACCUGACGCGCUCCCUGCAGCACAGCCUGUGCGGGGACCUGCUGCUGGGCCGCUGGGGCAACUACAGCACGGGCGACUGCUUCAUCCUGGCCUCCGACUACCUCAACGCCCUGGUGCACAUCAUCGAGAUCGGCAACGGGCUGGUCACCUUCCAGCUGCGCGGCCUGGAGUUCAGGGGGACGUACUGCCAGCAGAGGGAGGUGGAGGCCAUCACGGAGGGGGUGGAGGAGGACGAGGGGUGCUGCUGCUGUGAGCCAGGCCACCUGCCCCACGUGCUCUCCUUCAACGCGGCCUUCGGCCAGCGCUGGCUGGCCUGGGAGGUGGCCGCCACCAAGUACGUGCUGGAGGGCUACAGCAUCAGCGACAACAACGCCGCCUCCAUGCUGCAGGUCUUCGACCUGCGCAAGAUCCUCAUCACCUACUAUGUCAAGAGCAUCAUCUACUACGUGAGCCGCUCACCCAAGCUGGAGGAGUGGCUGGCCAAUGAGACGAUACAGGAAGCCCUACGCCCCUGCCAGGCCCCCGCCUACGUGGACAGCGACCCCACUUUCAACCUCAACAUUGACGAAGACUAUGACCAUCGAGCCGCCGGCAUCACCCCAGCAGCCUUCUGCGCCAUCUACCUGGACUGGAUCCAGUACUGCAACAGCCGGCGGCAAACGCCUGUGGAGAGUGAAAGAGAGUCCCCGCUGGUCACGUUGUGUUUCGGGCUCUGCAUCUUGGGCCGCAGGGCGUUGGGGACCGCCUCCCACAGCAUGUCCGCCAGCCUGGAACCCUUCCUCUAUGGCCUGCACGCUCUGUUUAAGGGUGACUUCCGCAUCACCUCCCCGCGGGACGAGUGGGUGUUUGCUGAUAUGGACCUGCUCAACAGAGUGGUGGCCCCAGGGGUGCGCAUGUCCCUCAAACUGCAUCAGGAUCACUUCACAUCGCCAGACGAAUACGAGGACCCGGUAGUGCUAUACGACGCCAUCACGGCCAACGAGGAGAAGAUGCUGAUCUCGCACGAGGGCGACCCGGUGUGGCGCAGCGCCAUCUUGGCCAACAUGCCGUCGCUGCUGGCGCUCCGACACGUCAUGGAUGAUGGCAGCGAUGAGUACAAGAUCAUCAUGCUCAACAAGAGGUUCCUCAGCUUCAGGGUCAUCAAGGUGAACAGGGAGUGUGUGCGAGGCCUGUGGGCGGGGCAGCAGCAGGAGCUGGUUUUCCUGCGGAACCGCAACCCGGAGCGAGGCAGCAUCCAGAACGCCAAGCAGGCCCUGCGCAACAUGAUCAACUCGUCCUGCGACCAGCCCAUCGGCUACCCCAUCUACGUGUCCCCCCUCACCACCUCGUACGCCGGGGGCCACACCCAGCUGCGCUCGGUCUGGGGGGGGCCCGUCAGCCCCCACAACAUCUACACCUGGUUCAUCAGCAGCUGGGACAGGCUGCAGAAAGGCUGUGGGGCAGGCUGUAACAGCGGGGGAAACAUCGAGGACUCGGAUUGCGGUGGCGGCUCCUCUUCCAUCGCCAACAACCCCACGACGCACCCCCCCCAGCCCCUCUCCACACACAGCAUGGCCCCCCCAGCUCUCCCACCAUCCCACCUCACCACCAUCCAGCCCCCCAUGGGAACUGACAACCCUCUUGGACCAUCGUGGCCCCUCCACCCCCAGCCCCUCCCUCUGGCCCUGCUCAGCCAGUCGGAGGGCAGACGCGAGGCGGGGCUGGUGGGCUCACUACAGCGCACCUCAUCCAUUCAGGGCCUCCUGGGGCAGCACCUGUCGGGGUCUCAGCUCUCCUUCAGCAGCUCCGUGGCUCUCCCGCCCACCGAGCGUUUCUGCGCGGGCAGCGCUCAGGACUGCCCCGGGCCGCCGCCGCCGCAGCGAGGACCCCAGCGCUCCGGGCUGGGGCUGGGGCCGUGCGGGGGCGGGGGCCCGCUGUACGAGGGCCUGUACGGGAAGUGGAGCCUGCCGGGGAGGAAGGGCUUCAACGGGCCGGCCGCGGCGGACUGCGACGGCAGCGGCCAGCAGACCGUGCGCACGCAGCCUGCUGCUCCGGCCCCUCCUCCUGAAGUCACCCCAGUGGCUGAGCCAAUGGGGACUGCUCUUGUCAGCGAGACCACGCCCCUGACAGCGGGGGAGCCGGCCCCUCCCCGGGACGAGAACUCUGAGCUGCCGUUACUGGAGCGCCUGUGCUGAGACUGGCCCUCGCACCUGCAGCCAAAGCAUAGGGGCCUGGGGCGGGCUGGACCGAACCGGACCCGACCGGAUCAGACCGGACCAGACCAGACCGGACCUGGCUGGCCCGUCCGGUUUCCCCUGAGUCAUUCCAGCGUGCUCCGAUUCUCACUGAGUGGAGAGUGUCUGAAUCAUGCAAUAUCAGAUGGAGUGACCACCAGUCCCCCUCCACCGCCGAACCACCCCUGUCUGUACUGUACCUCUAAGCCCUGUGGGACUGGAUUCGCCUGGAGACGCACACGCAUUCCUCCCUCUCCCUCUCUAUCCCUCCCUCUCUCUCUCUCUCUCUCUCUCUCUCUCUCUCUCUCUCUCCAUCUCACUCUUUUCUUUUACUCUGAAAAUGGAAGCCAAACCCUCGCAGCCGAUGCACAUUUUUGGACACUUAUUUUUGGACCCUGCUCAGUAUCCGGACAGCACGGGAAGGGCUCUACUCUGAUUUGUCACUCAGGACUCAAUGGGGGAACCUUGGUGGGACUGCAGCUGACUGGCCCACGUCCCUGCUGAAUUGAGAUCCUCCGGGCCCUCGACCGGGCCUCCUGUACCCCUCAGCAAUCAUGCCAAAUGCCAAGUGAAAAAAGGGAAAGCUGAACCAAGCUGGGGCUAAAGAUCUGUCGUAUGUGGGUCUGUUCCGUGCUCAGUAGAGUAGGGCAGCCGUAUGUAGAGUAGGGCAGUCGUAUGCACAGUGCUCAGCCCACCAAUCGCAGCGCGGCAAUGUGUCUCAUGGUUAAAGUCAAACCUAAUCAUUCUACAGGUGCUAGUGCCCCAGAGCCCCUCCACACAUUCCACAAAACAAUCUGAUAUAUGUACAUGCAUUUGUGCAUCACUCCCCUGAGAACAGCAGGCAUGUGAAACUCAGACGCCUGGUUUCUGAUUACAGCAUAGGCACUUUAACCAGUGGCCCCACAACCACUCUGCCAGGGAGAGAGGGAGAGUUAGGGCUGGGGCAUAUCUGCGUUUGCCCCCCAUGGGGUUGGAUCUGGGGGGGGGGGGGUGUCCCGGGCUCACCCUGGGGCAGGAAGCAUCAGCAGGGUCAUGCAAUUACUCAAAAUGGUGGUCGCUACCAUGGAAACGUCAUGAUCUUCAAAAUGGCCAUCAGCCUUCUCCACACGACAUCACACCUGAAUUGGUUUUUAUUAAAUUUUUUUACCUUUUUUUUUUUUUUUUUUUUUUUUUUUCUAAAAUGAGGGAAGCAGGCAUUUUCUGUGCAGGUGGAGGGAGGGCAGUUAUUUUACCGCCCCUCGGUAAGGAAUAAUCUACCCCAGAACUUUAUUUUACCCAAGUGGCUCUGAUGAUAUCUACAGUGGGCGGGACCUGGAUUCCUAAGCUCCGUUCCCACCCCAGUCAGUUCUAGAGAGUGCAAUAGAUCCACAAGCUCCUCUGUGACCCUGCUCGGGAGAGAGAAACGCUUUCAGUGUGGCUACUACUGCUACUACAGCUUCUGCAGCUACUAAUAUUACUACAACUACUGUUUCUACAACUCUUACCUCCAGCGUUUUAGUUGGAAGCUCGUUGAAAUAAAGACUGAAAGUAAAUCUAAACGUAUUUAUUUGGUUGCUGAUGAUGUCACGGGAAGCUGGAUUGGUCUGGGCUGCGUAUUGAUAUUAAUAUUAAUGAAAAUGAUGCUGCUGUAAGCAGAUCCAUUUGCUGUGUGUCUGGGAUUCGACCGUGUGUCGGGGAGACUUCAGGCAAUGUCUAAUGAAGAGUUUUCUCUUUUUUUUUUCUUUUUUUUUUAUAUUCUAUUUUUGUUUACCACAAGUGUUCAGUAUGGGAAAAGAAACUGAAUUCAGUGACUUGUGUUAACCUCCGAGUUGAUAUAACUGGAAAUAGGCUUAAAAUUAAGAUGCUUAGGCCAGCCGAAAUGUGUUGCUUGUGUUUGGGUUGUGCUAAUGAUGAAAUUAGCACAGACGUAAUGCCAAUUUCACCAACCCCCCCUUUCCCCCUCACGCACUCGCGUCAAACCACAUAUCAGAGAAUGAGAAGCGGUGUGGGAUUUAAGUUUAAAAUGGUGGCCUUUGGGUGGAUUCUUUUGCGAGGGACCCGUUUGUUGAGUGGUUUGUCUGUGGCGGUGUGUCGAUGUGCUGUGUGUUCUGUGAACGUGUUUGACAGGGAGUUGGGCAGGGUGCAGAGAGGGCGGUCGUUGUGCUCUGGCUGUAAUGUAUGCAGCAGACCAGUGCUGAGGAGAGUUCUGGGACCUGGUUGCCAGAGCAGAAAAUGGAGACUGAUGUAAUUAGUCGUGAGGUAAAAGGAAGAGUAGGUUUCUCUGAAAUUUGUGAUCGUUACAUCAGCGUUGGAAUGCUCAACGUUUAAAUCACAUUUCUGUCAUACACCUUAAAGGGUUAAGUGAGCAGUUCAUGUGUGGUUCUGUUGUGAGUGGCAUUGACAACUGGUAUUGCAUUGGUAACAAUGGUAGCAUUUGAGUAUAGCUGACAGUUUUGGCAACGUGUAGCUUUUAGGUCUCAGUGUUUUGCUUUUGAAACGGGUGGUGGCGGUUUGAAGUGGGCUUUUGGGUUAGUUGGCCGAAGGUUAGCCAAUCACCUCAGCGGGUUUGGUUGCUAGGUUUCCUGCUCUGCCAUUUCUCUUGCAGUAAGGGGCAAUGGAAAACAAAUGUCUGCUUGAAAUAUUUUACUGAUUUGGCCCCUAGGAACGGUUGCUGUAAUUGUCAUGUAGGCCACAGUGUGGCGCUAAAUGAAUGUGGGCCAAUGGGUCUGUCAGUGCGCACAGGGGGUAGCCCCGCCUCAGAGGAAGUGACCAACACGUCGACUUGAUCUGUCCAGAGAUGAGGAGGAUGUCUGUAUUUAAACUGGGCGAAAACUGAGUUCCCCGAAAUGAGGAUCCUCCAAAUUGUACUGCUCUCCUUCCCCCCCAGUUAAGUUGUCCCCUUCUGUUCCACACUAGUUCCAUUCUCAUACUCGUACAGCUGUAUGGACUGACAGAUGACGUUUUUAUGUGAACAAGGAAUUUUUUUUUUUUUUUUUUUUUUAGAUUUUUUGUUUGUUUUUCCCCCAAAGUGACAGACGUUAUUCUCUUACUGAAAGUAAGCACAAGUUACUGGAUAGGUCUGGGUGUCAACUAAAGGGAUGAGAUGUAUCUCUGCCAUUUAUGUACAGCAUGUUGUGUAUAUAAAUACAUAUAAAUAUAUUUUAUUAUUAUGAUUAUUUGAUUUAAUACUUAUUUUUUCGAGGAAGACACUACCUUCAAUGAGAAGGGACCCCCCCCCCCCCUCCCCUUCCUGCUUUUCACUCCAGUUCAGUGCGUGUUGAUCCCCAUAGAGAAUGCAUUAUGAAUCACAUCUGGGAUAAAAUGAUUGAUACUGCUUUUGCACAAACUUUGUAAAUCAGAACACCAUACCAACUUGUUUUUGCUUUUUUUUGUUAUUUCAGUUAUUUUGGGGAUGUCUUGUUUUAUUUAAAUCUUGUAAUUCAAUAUUCAAAGUUCUGUACAGUUUUUUAUGUGAUUUAUUUUUUUUCCUCCCCUAUUUAAAUUAAAGAUUUUUUGUGUCAUGGUU